CAAUUAGUACAAUCACUUGUCACUUUUUCUUUCCUAGUCGAGGUUAAAUACUUAUGCAUGCCUUUAGAAUGGUGGAUGGCUCUAAAAUUUUCUCAGAGCUAGUUUAGAAUAGUUUAGAAUUGCAGGUAUAUUCUAGUUGCUCAGAGCUAGUUAAACAGAUUCACUCAUGUGCACCUAAGAAUGGACAGUUACAUGUUUAAAUGCGGAUCUUUGUCAUUUGUGAAACAUACAAAGGUGAAGUUUGUUCCUGUGCAUCUCUGUUAAAAGCUAAUGUAAUAAAACUAGGUGUCUGGGACUUUAUAUCCUUGAAAUACUGAACCAAUAACUAAUCAUUUUUUUUUUUUUGAUAAGUUGAACUGCGGAUUGACCAUGAAUUCAAACAUGACUUGCUGGUUGCUGCAACAAGCACCAGAAACUUAAGUUUAAACUUUAAAAGCUAGCAAUAUUUUGAAUUGACUUUCGCAAAUAUGCAAAGUCAUCCUUCAAGCACAGGAACAUCUAUUAUAUGGCCUAAGUAUCAUUGCCAAUCAGUUGUGAACAUACUUUUUAAUUGAGGCUGAAAAAGGCUGCCACAGUUGUCACGUCCACUCGCAUAAUAUAUUCCACCAAAUGGAAGUUAAAAAGUUUGAAAUAUGUGUGUUGCAUGCGAUAAAUAAUUUAGCUACUAGAAAGAAACUCUUUUCUGAAAUUUAACUUUGAUGAAGAGUUACAUGUCCUUUUAAAGGUUUGAUUAACCAAGCAACAUAUUUAGCAUCUUCUAGAAAAUGAUUCCUGAAUCCCAAUCACCACUGCAACUUCCUAUUUUGGACAUUUCCCAACCAUUAAACUCAUCUACUUUAUCUUCUCUUGCUGCUGCCUGCAAAGAAUGGGGCUUCUUUCAUGUUACCAAUCAUGGAAUCUCCAAUGAUCUUUACAGAAAAAUUAAUUGCCUUUCCCAACACCUCUUCAACCUCCCUUCUGAGACCAAACUAAAAGCAGGUCCUUACUCGUCUCUGAAAACUUAUACUCCUCAUUUCAUUGCAUCUCCAUUCUUUGAAAGCCUUAAAGUAUCUGGACCAGAUUUCUCUGACUCUGCUAAGGGUUCUGCAGAUGCCCUUGCUGGUGAAGGAAAUUCAGAAUUCAGUGAGAUACUGCAAGAAUAUGGAGGCAAAAUGACAGAGUUAGCAAAAGUCAUCCAGAAAAUCGUCUUGAUGAGCUUGGGAGAAGAACUUGGGAUAAAGUAUUAUAUCUCAGAAUUUGGUAAUUGCCAUGGAUACUUGAGGAUAAAUAACUACUCGUCCCCGGAUAGUUUAGAACAGGAAGUUGAAGGUCUUGGUAUGCACACUGAUAUGAGCUGCAUAACAAUUGUCUAUCAAGAUGAAUUAGGUGGCCUCCAAGUAAGAUCAAAGGAAGGGCAGUGGGUCGAUAUUUUGCCAUGUGAAGGAACUCUUGUGGUAAAUAUUGGUGACAUGCUGCAAGCUUGGAGCAAUGACAAGCUAAGAUCCUCUGAGCACCGUGUCAUUCUGAAGAAGCCGGUGAAUCGCUUUUCUUUAGUUUUCUUUUGGUGCUUUGAGGAUGAGAAGGUGAUUUUGGCACCUGAUGAAGUAGUAGGUGAAGAAAAUUCAAGAAUCUACAAGCCAUUUGUUUGCUCUGACUAUUUAAAGUUUAGAGUGAACAAUGAGAAAGGUAAAUUUGAGAAAGUUGGUUUUACAGUUAAAGAUUUUGCUGGGAUUGGAUCCAAGUUAAAGUAGAAGCACGGUUGUCAUUCUUUGAGUAGUUAGUUGAUAAACUUGUAAAUAUCCUCAUGUUCCAUCAUUGCAACAUAGGUAUCUAGGGGUUCUGUUUGUGUGAGAUUUUAUUAUAUAAUAUUCUAUCUUGUUAUUUGAUGAAAUCGUUUGCAAGUUA